CGCAGUCCUAUACGCCACCAUGACUGACAACAGCUCCAACUACAAGAAGUACCUAGACGUGUCCAAUGCGCCGCCCGUGUACACAUCGGCCGAGGAGCUGAACGCGUACUUCGGCCAGUUCGGCGGCUGCUUCGUGGCCGAGACGCUCAUCCAGGCGCACCACAACCUCAUCGACGAGUACGUCAAGGCCACACAGGACCCGGCCUUCCGCGAAGAGCUGGAGCAUCUGGGCCGCGACUAUAUCGGCCGCCCUACGCCUCUGUACCAUGCCAAGCGUCUGACGGCGCACGCCAGGGGCGCGCAGAUCUGGCUCAAGCGCGAGGAUCUGGCGCACACGGGCGCACACAAAAUUAACAACGCGCUUGGACAGGCUGUGCUGGCCAAGCGUCUUGGUAAGACCCGCAUCAUCGCCGAGACUGGCGCUGGCCAGCAUGGUGUAGCCACGGCCACGGCUUGCGCUCUACUGGGUCUCGAUUGCGUGGUCUACAUGGGCUACGUGGACACGCAGCGCCAGUCACUAAACGUCUUCCGCAUGAAGAUGUUGGGCGCCAAGGUUAUUGCCGUCAAGAGCGGCUCCCAGACGCUUAAGGACGCCGUAAACGAAGCUAUUCGCGACUGGGUAACUAAUGUGGACAACACGCACUACAUUAUCGGCUCGGCCAUCGGGCCACACCCGUUCCCGACUAUUGUGCGUGAUUUCCAGGCGAUCAUUGGCCGCGAGAUUAAGGCCCAGCUACAAGAAGAGAUUGGCCGUCUGCCAGAUGCCAUUGUGGCUUGUGUGGGUGGCGGUAGCAAUGCUAUCGGUAUGUUCCACCCGUUUGUUAAGGACAACAAGGUGGCCAUUUACGGCGUUGAGGCUGGCGGUGACGGCGUGGACACUCCUCGUCACUCGUCUACACUCCUAGGCGGCCGGCCAGGCGUGUUGCACGGUACCAAGACUUACAUCAUGCAGGAUCCUGCUGGUCAAGUCAUGGAGACCCACUCCGUGUCUGCUGGUCUGGAUUACGCCGGUGUCGGCCCGGAGCACGCGUUCCUGAAGGACUCUGGCCGUGCCAAGUACGUCAGCGUGACGGACAAGGAGGCACUGGAGGCCUUUCAGCUCAUCUCUCUACACGAAGGAAUCAUCCCGGCACUGGAGAGUGCGCACGCAGUACACUACGGCGUCCAGCUUGCCUCCACCCUGUCAUCCGACCAGGUGGUCGUCAUCAACGUUAGUGGCCGAGGCGAUAAGGACAUGCUGCAAGUGGCCAAGGAACUUGGCGUCAACCUGAACGACGAUCUCACUGACAAUUAGAGAGAGAGAAGAAGAGCUAAAUAUGAUUUUCUCGGUGGGUGUUU